AUGUCUUUGGAAAGAGAGGAGCCACAACAUUUCGGAGCAGGGCCAGCUCAAAUGCCCACAUCGGUUUUGCAACAAGCAGCUAAGGACUUAAUCAAUUUUAAUGACAUAGGUUUGGGCAUUGGCGAAAUCUCCCACCGUUCGAAGGAUGCCACCAAAGUUAUUGAAGACUCUAAGAAGCACUUGAUCGAACUGUUGAACAUCCCUGACACCCACGAGGUGUUUUACUUGCAAGGGGGUGGUACUACUGGGUUUUCUUCUGUAGCUACCAAUUUGGCAGCAGCUUAUGUAGGCAAGCAUGGAGAGAUCGCACAGGCUGGUUACUUAGUCACUGGUAGUUGGUCUCAGAAAGCUUAUGAAGAAGCAAAGAGAUUGCAUGUCCCAGCUGAAGUUAUAUUCAAUGCUAAAGAUUAUAACAAUGGUAAGUUUGGCACAAUCCCAGAUGAAUCACUUUGGGAAGAUAAAAUCAAAGGCAAAAAGUUCUCAUAUGUGUACCUUUGUGAGAAUGAAACUGUGCACGGUGUUGAAUGGCCAAGUUUGCCAAAAUGCUUGGUAGAAGACCCAAACAUUGAAAUUGUUGCCGACUUAUCCAGUGACAUUUUAUCUCGUAAGAUUGACAUUUCUCAAUAUGGUGUCAUUAUGGCAGGCGCUCAAAAAAACAUUGGUUUAGCAGGCUUAACCCUAUAUAUCGUCAAGAAGUCUAUUCUUAAGAAUAUUUCGGGCGCUCCUGAUGAAACAUUACAUGAAAUGGGGGUACCAAUCACUCCUAUUGCAUUUGAUUAUCCAACAGUGGUGAAGAACAAUUCUGCCUAUAAUACAAUUCCAAUUUUCACAUUACAUGUUAUGGAUCUUGUUUUCCAACAUAUUUUGAAGAAAGGCGGUGUUGAAGCACAACAAGCGGAAAAUGAAGAAAAAGCCAAGAUAUUAUAUGACGCUUUAGAUUCAAAUCCAGACUUUUAUACCCUUCCAGUGGAUCCAAAAUGUAGAUCGAAAAUGAACGUUGUUUUCACUCUUAAAAAAGAUAAUCUCGAUGACCAAUUUUUGAAAGAGGCAGCAGCUCGUAAACUAACGGGUUUAAAAGGACAUCGUUCAGUUGGUGGAUUCAGAGCCUCCAUCUAUAAUGCACUUUCAGUUCAAGCAGUACAAAACUUGGUAGAUUUUGUGAAGGAAUUUGCUGAAAAAAAUGCCUAA